CCGGGCGCGAUCUCCCGGCCCCGGCCGAGCCCCGCACGGGGCGGUGCGAGCCCGGCUGCCCGCGCCGCCAUGGACAGCUUCCUGGAGGAGGAUGCGGAGGCGGUGGUGGUGGACGGGAAGAGAAGGAGGAAGAGGAGGAGGACUCCCGCCGCUCAGGCGGCCCUGCACGCGUCCCUGCACCUGCCCUUCCUGCCGCCACCGCCGGUGUCUUCCAAUGAACACAAGUUGAACUUCAAGAAGAGCAAGGAAGCGUGUUUAAGUUACAUUCAGGAUGCCUUGCUCCAAAAACAGUGGAAGAGGGCUGCAGAGUUUCUGACCUGCUAUGUUGAGUCACUAGAGAAGGACUAUUCCAGAGAGCGCAUUGGUGCAUCAGAGAUGAUUUGGAGAAUAGGAACUGAAAUUUUGUGGCAUCAUUCCCAGAGCAGUGUGAAAGAGUUCAGCUGUUUCAUGGAACAGAUGAAAACUUUAGGAGUAAAAAGGUACUUGAAGGUUUGCUUGGAGCAUGUCUUUCAUCUCCUCUGUAAUGGGCAAAUAGAUGAAGCCUACCAGAACCUGUCCUUGGCAGAAAGCUGGAGGUUUGGAGAGCAAACAGCCAUCCAGGAUAAGGAAAUGAAGCUGAUUCAGGCUUACAGGGGACUCUUGGACUACUGUAGCUGGUCUAAGCAGAAGAGCAUCCUGUUAGAGCACGGUGAGGAUGAAUUUUCAGACUUGGCUGUUGAGCAGGAAAUGCACAGUUACUUCCGGAAGGCAGCAGUGAACUUGAAGGAGAUUAUUAAAAUACCUGGAGUCUGGGAUGUCUUUGUGAAAUGUUAUGUGGAUCUGCUGGAGUUCUAUGGAGAUCACAACGAGGCUCGUCAAGUGUUAAAUGAAUAUGCCUACAACUCCAAGUUCCCUGCUAACCCCAAUGCUCAUGUCUACCUCUACCAGUUCCUCAAGAGACAGGGUGAAUCAAAGAAAUCCCUCAUAUCUGCACUGAAGAUCUUGCAUGAUAUUGUUCCUUCUCAUGAGCUAAUGAUAAAUUUUAAUACCAUGCUUCAAAAAUCAAAGAAAAGAAGAAAACGUCGACUGGGCCUAGAAGUUAUUUUUGCAGGCUUGGAUUAUGCUGGCUGGAAAGAAAAUGAAAAAGCAUGGAGCUGUUUGGCAAGACAGGUGAAACAAAUUGUAAUCUCUGAGAAGCAUCUUGACUGGAUCAAGCAGGAGUGGAACUCCAGGAAGGACUGGUGGCCAGCCUUCCAUUUUAGCCGUUACUUGGCAAAAAGGAACUGGCAGGAAAAUAAAAACCUUUCAUAUGAAAAAGCUCUGGUGGCUGGAAUCCUGCUGGGAAAGGAUUGCAAAUACUUUAAAUAUGUAUCACACCAAGGCAGCAAAGCUCAGCUGAAAAGGUUUCGGAUGCUGAAGAAGUUUGUGACCAGGCACAAUGCUGUCUACUUGAGAAUAUCUGGUCCUCCAGUUUCUUCUCUUCCGCCUUGAUGAGAAGGUGUCCCUAAGGUUCUUGGUACUUUUUCCUCUCUGUAAAGCUGACCUUUGUGUUGGUGUUACUCCAGAACCUCCAGGCAGACCCUAUAGACUCAUUACUAGGCUUUUUAAAAAAAUAUAUUUAUGUAAAAACGCUUUGGUUUGUAUUUAUUUUAUAAUAAAAUGAAUAUAAAUCAACUGUUAAUGUCAAAGAAUUUCUGUAACAUUGUUCUCAUAUUUGUGUGAAAUGCAAACAGUAUUGAUUUCAAAUACAUCUUGAAAGAGCAGAGGCACAGAAAUUCUGAGAAAUUCUCUACCUGCUGGAAGACUUUUUUUUGCAGUCAUGCCCAUGAGUUGAAAUAUGCGGUGUUGCUGUGUUCAGAAAGCAAUCGUUGAUGUGUUAUCACAAACCAGAAAUCCAGUUUGCUUGAAAACAACAACAAAAUGGUUUCCAAAUACUACUUCUGUUUUAAUGCCAGAUCUGCAGAAUUCUGGAGGGUGAAGUGCUUGAGUGUCCUUCUGGGAUUGAAAUACAGAUGUCUUUAGCAGCAGGAUAAAUACAGCUGUGAUUUUAAAAA